CCAGCAUUCAACGCGCCUCCGCAUCCCCACUCUUACACAAUGGCCACGGCAAUUGCGUCCGCAAAGGCGGGCGUCUCGCAGGCCGUACUGCUGGUCGCGAAGCCUCCCGCGAUCGCCGCGAAAUCCGUCAAGGGCUCGAAACUCGUUGAUGCGAUGCACAGGAGUUUGUAUCCGCACCUCUACCAGCAGGGCGGCGGCUCCGCGCCCAACAGAAAGAUUCGGCAACAGAUGGGCACGAUGAAGAGAUACAAGCAGGUCGAGGCCGAGCGAGAGGCCAGGAAGGUGUCGUGGUUCCGGAACAAGAUGAGGACUUCGAGCAGCAGCAAGCUCGCAUCGCAGCCCCAGAAACCGCGCGCCAUACGCAAGGCUUGCCACGACCCCGUCGCCGCAGUCACCUCCUCGCAGCUCGCCGUGCACGACCCCACCGGCGCCCGUACCCGCCUCUUCGACCGCGCAAAUCCCGAGUGCGCCCGCGUCGGCGACAUCCUUCUCGUGCGCCAGCGCACCGGCGAGCCCUUCGCCGGUGUGUGCAUCAAUAUCCGGCGGCGCGGCGUCGACACCGCCAUCCUGCUGCGCGGCCAGCUGACCCGCGUCGGCAUCGAGAUGUGGUACAAGGUGUACUCGCCAUUGGUCGAGGGCAUCGAGGUUGUGCAGAGGGCACAGAGGAAGACGAGGAGGGCGCGCUUGACGUAUAUGCGCAAGGAGAAGCAUGAUAGGGGCAGCGUGGAGAAUGUCGUAAGGGUGUACCUCAGGCAGAAGGCUGCGUUGGGAAGCACGGAUGGUAGCAAGAAGAAGGGUGCGGCGGCGGCGGCUGCGAUGGCUGGCGGCGGCAAGAGGAAGGGCAGUGUCAAGGGGAAGAAGGGGAAGAAGAAGUAGAGGGCGAUUCGAUGGUAACUGCAAUACUUGCGAGAGGUGUACGUAUAGAUGGGACGGACAAAGGGCAUGCGUGGGAUUGUACUAUAUGUACCUUUACAAGAUGUAUACAAGAUCUAUUUGGCAAGGAUGGCGCGCCCUGAUCUCGCGGACGACUGAAACUACCACCAUGGGAAUGCUCAAGAUUCUGUCCGAUAUCAUUGUCAUCAAGAGCCACUACCUGUCUGCUGUCCUCGA